AUGUCUGAGGAGAUCAUCUCCACCGAUGGUGGGUACCAGAUAGUACCAGUAGUUGGAGCUGAUGCUGGUGGUAUUAUAAUGAUAGCAGGGAAGAGGAGGAAGCGUGAUACGCGAUGGGGGCCCAGGAAGCACAUCAAACUGGGCAAACGUUUGUCAACGGUGGAUGACAAACCGUAUAAGCCGUUGCCUUUGCUGGACGUACCGUGUGGUCUGGGCUGGAAGCAGAUCGAUCAGAUGAUGAGGGAGAUAAGAUUGGAGGACUGUACUAUGGACAAUAAGCUGAGAGCUGAACCGAUAAGGUUGGAGUUGGGCGACCCAGAUAUUCGACCACCGUCUCCACCGCCAACGUAUGACCAACUUGGUACUCGGACGAAUGAUCGUACUACUAGAGUGAAGAAAGCAAUGGAAGGAGAGCAUAAUAGGCUAGUCCGGUAUAUGAUGGCUACUGUGAGAGACUACAUACCUCCCGAGACGUGGAACAAGGCUAGGUUGGUACGGAAGAUCAUCAUACCGCAGAAAAAAUAUCCCGACGUACCGUUCAUGGCGAUCAUCGUGGGCGCACGAGGAACUAACCAUAAGCGUUUACAGAUGGAGUCGGGGUGUCGUAUUGAGAUUCGAGGGAAGGGAAUCAACGCGAUGAAUCAGACCAUAGAAGAGCAGAAUAUGCCUCAACACGUUCAUAUCGAGGGCGAUACUGAAGUCAACUUGAUCAAGGCAACUGCUUUAUUGGAACCAUUGUUGGACCCGACCCACCCUGACUUUGCCAGAGCUAGAGCCCUUGGUUUGGAGCAGUUGGCUGUGGUGAAUGGUUAUACCACUCAAGUGCAGCACAUACGUUGUGGCCUAUGCCAGGCUAUGGGCCACCAUGCAAGCCAGUGCCCAGAGUUCAACAAUGUGGAGAUGUCGUAUAAGAUGGCUGAUGUUAAGUGCGAUAUCUGUGGGGAUAAGGGGCAUGCUACUAUUGACUGUCCUCAAAAGGGCACGGCUCAGCAGAAAUCUAAGGAGUGGCGAGAGGAGGCUGAGGAGAGGGCUAAGGUUGAUCAAGAAUACGCCGACCUUAUCAACAACCUAGCUGAAGAAAAUGAUCCUCUGAAGUCUGGAGGCCUGCAGAAUGGCUCUACAGGAUCGAUUGAAGAGGAUGGGAACGAGAUUUUGAUUCCCUUCAAGGACGUUGAUCAGUCUAACAAAGACGCAAGAAACUGUCCAGUCCAGAUCACUGGUCCGGCUGGCGCUAUCGAGCAAGCUAAGGAGAAGAUACGGGAAUGGUUGAAGAAUCGCGAGGCAGGAGCUAAUGCGCAGAUCCCUAUGGUGCUCGGAGUACCUGGAGAUGAGGAACCUAUUCGUUUGCCUGCGACACUCGUUGGUGUAUUCAUUGGUCAUAAUAGUCAGAACUUGAAGGCUCUGGAGCGGGACUUGGGUGUUGGUCUUAUGCUCGAUGGGAAGAAGGAGAGUGGUAUAUUGGACCACCCUGUCCUCUUUAGUGGUUCGGAUGAAGCUAUUCUUGAGGCAAAGCCAAAAUUACGGGAGUGGAUCUCACAGCGAAUGGUCACGCCACAGGGUGAGGCUGGUUUCGGACAAGUUCUUCCGGAAUUCCCAGGCUUCCCGGGGGGAUUCCCUUUCCCGCCAGCCCCAGGGGCUGCUGCUGCUGCCUAUAUGCCGAUGAUGAUGGGUAUGAUGGGAGCUCCUCCUCAAGGCAUGAUGCCAGCUGGAUAUCCUCAAAUGCAACAAACAUUUGCGCCUCCACCACCACCCGUGUCAGGAGGACAGUAUCAAGUCCCAGCUAUGGAUCAAGCAUCGUGGCAGCUACUAUAUCAACAGCGUUUGCAACAGGAGCAGAUGCAGUACAGGCCGCAGUAG